AUGCCUCUGAUAUUUGAGAGCGCGGAAGUGCGCAACUUGCUCAGCAGCAAGCGAGUUGUGCUCAUGGGAUGCUCAAACGUAAGGGCCAUCUACAAAGACCUCAUCUGUGUCCACCAGAACAACGAGCUCAUAUCAAACGAGAAGCUGAAACAGAAGAUGGAAGACAGUUCAUACGGAGACAACCUUGUAGGUCACGGAAAGAAGCACAAUGGCCGUGACUACAGGGAGGAAAGGCUUUACAGGAAGUACAGGACGUCCAUCUCCUUCUAUUUCCUCACGAGGAUAUACGGCGAGUACGUUAAACGUAUCCUGGCAGACAUGACCAUUGGCUAUGCGCCUGACGUCAUCAUCGUCUCAUCGUGUCUCUGGGAUAUCACACGCUGGGGUCCAAACGGUGUUGAGGAGUACAAGGAGAACCUGAACAGGUUCUUCAGGGAUCUGAACAGGAAACUACCCUCUACGUCACUAGUCAUCUGGCUGACAGCAGCCCCCUUGGCUCAAGAUGUCCGCGGCGGAUUCCUCAUUCCGCAGCUGGACUUCCUCAAGUACUCCCUCCGAUUCCACGUUCUCGAGGCAAACACCUUCUGCAGGGAGACGGCUGACAAGUAUGGCAUCGACGUCGUCGACAUCCACUACCACCUGCGUAUGUUCCUCGAAUAUCGGGCAGAAGACGGCAUCCACUGGCUUCCGGAGGCUGUGCGGCUCUGCACCAAUCUCGUCCUCACUCACAUUGCCCUCUCGUGGGGUUUCAAAGAGCCAUCUUGGUAAGACACUCUAAAAAGUGAUGCUUCGCC